UCCUGUGGCAAUGAGCUUCCGCUCGCAGAGCACAUCCUGCACUCUCUUCGUUUACUCAAGAGGCUCCCGGACUAGACCGAGUUGAUCUUUAUUCUAGCGGAGUCAUCUCGGGUCGUAAGCGGAUAUUUGCAUAGAUAUGCCGGACACUGUGGAUAAACAGUAGUAAAAGCAAUAGCAUACUCUCGAAAGCUGGCUCACUUGUGUCAGGGUACGUUUCGAGUCAGCUGAGAAGCACUCAGGAGCUGAGAAAGGACAACAGACACUCGCUGGUUCCGAAAUGGCGAAGCUCUGCGUAGCACUCGGGCUGUGCGCCGCGGCGGCUUUCUUUUCACUUUCCCAAUUUGCAACGCGGCGAGGCCGGCAGGGUGACGACGUCAAAGCCUUGUGCAGAUGGCUCACAAGUUCCACCGUGCCAGAUAGAGUAAGGCAGUGGGCACUGACAUCACCACUCCUGAACUGCGCUGGUUUAUUGUCCCAGCGACAAGGAGUGUCGUCAAUGCAUCCUGCUGAUAAGUCAUCACAGGAGGAGCGAUACGAGAAGGUCUUCCCAGCAACGACAGAAUUUCCUGCGGAGCCAUGGUCCUUAAGUUAUGAAGAAGUUGCGUCUACAUGGCUACAAGAAGGACCGGAACAGGAAAUGGCUAAAGUAAAUUCUGUUGAUACGCCAUCACAGAGGACUCGAUACGAGACAGUCGUACCAACAACAACUGAAUUCCCCUCGGAGCCGUGGGCUUUAAGUUACGAAGAGCUUACAUCUACAAGGCUGCAAGAAAUACCGGAAGAGGAAAGGACUACAGUGUUCAGUUCCACACCAACAGACACGGCAUUGGAAAACGAACAGACGACACAUACGGAGCCGUCAACGCAGUCAUCGACUUCGCACAGCGAUGAUUUGACAUCAACUCACGCUAUCCUCGUUCCGUCGCACAUAGAAGAGUACCAAACAGGAUGGAGUGAGAAAGCUACACAUUCAGAAGCUGCAUUAACUGUACAUCGAAAUGGUGGCACACAAGAAUCUUUCGCUGAAGAUUCCUCGAUUAAAAAUAAAGAUCCACAGACACAAGCUGAUCUAACUAUCACCGACAAAAAUGUGGAGCCUAAACAAGAAGGUUUGACAUUUAAGCCAGCACCCACCACAGAUCAGAAUCAGGAUCGACUGUCAACACGGCCAACCAUACGUCCACCACAGUCUUCAAACGAAGCACAUCCAGAGCAAACGACAUUUUUAUUUUUGAACUCAGCUUUUACACCUCAACAGCAAGAAAACACGAAUAAAAUGGCUACCGCAGAGUUUGAAGUUAAGCCUGCAGAAGUAAACACAUUGAACGAGCUUUUCUCGGUACAUAUGACUACAGAAGAAGACCAUGCCACAAAUAAGUUAAUUGCUUCAGCAACAACUUACGCAGACGUUGAAGAGCAAGAAGCAGGAAGUACCAUAGGCUCUGCUCUCUUUCCUCGCACGAGUCAAGACGGCCGACUGAGGUCAUCCACACCAACACCGCCAUCCAAACCUGGUAUGGAAGAUAAGACGACAUUUUUUGCUGGACGUGUAACUACAGAAGAAUAUCAUGCCGCAAAUGAGUUCAUUGCUUCAGAGACACCAUACGCGGACACUGAACAGCAAGAAACAGAAAGUACCAUAUACUCUGUUUUGUUUCCUCAUAUGAGUCAAGACAACAGACAUUGGUCUUCCACACCGACAACACCUUUCAAACAUGUCGUGGAAAACAAGACGACCUCAAUGCCGGAGGUACUCUCAUCAACACAUACAGAAACUGGAAGAGAUGCUUACGUUAGCGCUACAAUGUUUGACAAGUCAUCUGAGCAUUCAACAGAACUGUCCGGGGCUUCUAAACCGAGCACUAAUAUUGAUGCACACGGCGAACAAGAAACGGUUCCACUUCUCUCAGAAGACCAACACAAGAAAAUUGCAACUCCUGAUUCUGUGUCAAGGCCUUCUGCUACACAGCCUCAACCUGACACCACUGUGCCCUACGAUUUUAUUCAACGCCUCAAUGAGAAGAACACGAGUGACUCGACACCGAAUCUCCCUUCUUAUACAUCCCCGGUACAAAGCCCUAGUAUAACGGUAUCUGCAGCAUCUGAUAAUAUUUCAAAACCACAAUAUCAUACGACCUCACCACUGCCAGAAUUACCCAGUAAUUCAAACUAUAUACACGGUGCGAACCAAACAGCCUUUGAUACGCCAGUUCCAGCAGAUGAAGCAAGGGAAAACACAACAACUGAGAACCUCUCCACCGAAUCUCAAGAGCUAACGUCACAUUCGAGCUCCUCUGAGCAGCUACGCUACACGACAACAGUUAUUGCGUGCACUAUGGCGAAUGUUGAAAAAGCCACAACUACGGAGACCACCCCUGAGGAGCCCGAUGGACCAAAAGUGGUCUGCUAUUUCCCCACGUGGUCUUUCUUCCGGCAAGGUCGUGGCCAUUACACGCCAGAGGACAUUGACCCACGCCUCUGUACACACAUCAUCUACGGAUUCACGUCGUUAGACAGUGACCCGCUUCAUCACUCCGACGCUGAGAAGAUAGCAGACGUGAAAUUCCACUUACGCAAUAGGACCCUCGCUCUAAAGACCGUGAACCGUCGGCUGAAAGUGUUGCUCUCUCUGGGAGGAUGGUACCACGGCGUCGGCGAGGACGACAGGUGUUGGGCCUUUGCGUCCAAUGCCACUGCAAGGUUCAGAUUCGCCCAACAUGCCACGACUUUUGUAGCCAAACACCGCUUCGAUGGUCUCAACGUUGACUGGGCAAGCUUCAGCGGCGGCGAACGCGAAGACGUGCCCGACAAGAGGAACUUCGUACUGCUUCUGCAGGCUAUCCGGGAGGCGUUCGAUGCUUACGACCCCGCUUGGUUGUUGACAGCUGCCAUUUCCGGAAACGUGGAUGUCAUCAGAGAAGCCUACGAUGUGGCCAAAAUCUUCAACCAGACGGACUUCACCAGUGUCAUGGCCUACGACUACUUCGGCACUGAGAGCCCCGUGGUCGCUCACUACUCGCCUCUGCAAAGUGCCACGGACGAAACCAACCCAGAGAAGAGCAUCGAGUACCUGCUCGACGUCCUCAUAUCAUUGGAAGCGCCCUUAGAGAAGCUGGUGCUCGGCGUUCCUUUCUACGCUCGGUCGUACACACUGGAGAACCCUCGUCUGAACUACAUCGGGGCACCCGCCACAGGAAAAGGCUAUCCCGGUCCGGUCACGGCUACGCCUGGGGUGCUUGCCUACUACGAGAUAUGCAGCGCCAUCAAGGCGGGCGGCUGGACAACAAUGAUGGACAAGAGAGCGGGCGUGUACGCCUACUCGGGCGACCAGUGGGUCUGCUUCGACGGGCCCCGGUCGCUGACGCGCAAGGCGCGGUUCGCCCUGAGAAUGGGGCUCGCCGGACUUAUAGCCUCCGACGUCAGCAUGGACGACUUCAGGGGAGAGUGUGGUCGCAAGAGUCCCCUGCUCAACGCCGUCCACAGAGCCUUAUAUCCUGAAAAAGCGACGGCCCUGGCGAAGGGAUGACCAAAGUGGCAUUGACACCUGUGAACACCCGUCUACUGAAAACGGGAGGCAAGAGUGUGACGUGUUCGACGCGCGGAGCCAUGCAGCAAACGCAGCUGUUCCACGCAAGAAUCGACAUUGACACCACAUCGCCGAACUCCAUUCACGAAUCGUGUGCAUGUGGCCCGCUCGGCACCUGGCGUACUUGCGUGGUAUGCCGAUCCGGCCGCGUCGACAUAGUGACCCUCAGCGUUUUUCCGCGUUAGUUCGGUAAGGUGCUGCAGUCGCUACACAAGCUGUGAAACGUAUAAAUUAUGCUGUCGAGAAUCGUA